GCACAGCAUGGCUUUUAAAUCACAGAGAUCAGCGCGCGCCAAGGGUAACCGCUUUGAGGGCGUCAUCGCCAAAGACCUUGCCAAGGCCACAGGCGUUGAGGAUACGCGCCGCCAGCCCGGCUCUGGCGCUAUCGAGGGCUUUUCUGGCGACGUGAUCCACGACCCGCGCGGCUGGGGCCUGAAGAUCGAAUGCAAGCACCACAAGUCCAUUAGCGGGUAUGACCGCCUUGAGCGCGCCCGUCUGGUUGCUGAUGGCGUGGUGGUGGAUACGCCCGCUGGCGUCUUCUACUGGCUGACGGAUGCGUUCUUUCUGGAUCUCAUGGCCCGCGCUUAUGGCCAAGGCGGCAAGGGCGAGCUUUGCCCCGAUCUGGUCACCCUGAAGACCGGCACGCCGUUCAAGAAUUUCAACGGCUGGCUGAAGGACUGCAGCGCGCUUGUGGUCAAGCCCAAUCACCAAUCCCCCCGCUGGUAUCUGCCCGCCAAUGUGUUUUGGGCGGCGUUCACCUAUGCGGCGCGGGCUGAAUUUGAGGACAAAAUCAUACUCCAGCGCGUCAAUGAAGGCGUGCGCUAUGUUGAUAUUGCCCAAGAGCUGGGUCGCAACCCUAUCGCGGUCUCCAAGCGCUACGGGCGCCUCACUGAUGGCAGCGCCGAUAAGGUGAAAAGCACGACCGGCCGCAUCAAACGUUGGCUGGGAGGGCGCAAUCCGUACUCGGUUACGCACCACGAAGCCGCAGAAGCUCUCGGCCUGACGACAGGGCAGGCUAAAGGCGGGCUGUUUCGCAUUCGUGCGGCCUACACGAAUGAAGAGCCGGUAAGGCCGACAUUCAACGCAGCGUAUAUGCCUGAAGCUAUCAAGCGCGCCAAGGCCCGCGCCGACGCCAUGAUCAAGGCUGGCACCGCGCCGAGCGCCGCCGUGCAGCAGGUCUACCGAGAAACCGACAUUCUCCUGAAUGUGGAUGACCUUGCCAUGCGUCCGGCUGGUGAAGCGGCCUCGCGCCUCCUUGACCGCAUGGAGCAUUUCCAUGACCCGGUGCACCAAGCCCUCUAUGUGGAGCUGAAGCGCCGCAAUGACGCCAGCCGCCCGGUUGACGCAGCAAGCCUGCGUGACUGGUGGAAGUCUGACGAGGCGCGCACGGCGCUGGAUGGCGAUACGCCUUAUCUCGCUGACCUGAUGCGGGACGCGCCAGAGAAUGACAGCGUGCAGGCUUAUGCGGAUCAAGUACGCGAAUACGCCGAGCGCCGCCGUCUGGUGGAGAUUGGCCGGGCGCUGACGGCACAGGCUGAGAACACCGAGCUUGCGCCGCGUGACGCGCUUGAAGCCUCUGAGCGCGAUCUGGCGAGCCUUGCCGAGACGGGCUCGACCGGGCGCAAGGUGGUGUCCUUGUCCAUGGCGCUACGCGAUGCGCUCAACAGCCCCACAAAAGGCGCUCCGACCGGCUGGGCGGAUCUGGACCGCAGUUUUAACGGUUGGAUUCCUGAAGAGCUGGUUAUCGCCGCUGGACGCCCCGGCAUGGGCAAGUCUUUGUUCGGCGCGGGUUGCGUUCUGAACCAAGCCAAGCGUGGCGUGCCGAGCGUUUUCAUUUCGCUUGAGAUGGGCGCGGGGCAAGCGGCGGUGCGUUUUGCUUCCAUGCUGUGCGGUGUUCCGUAUCGCACCAUCAAGCGCCGCGAGAUGACGCCCGAGCAGGCGCACGCCUUGCGCUCCGUCAUGGACCGGGUUGACGAGCUGCCCAUCACCAUCAUCGACAUGCCGGGCGCGAAAGUUCCCGCCAUUCGUAACGCGCUGCGCCGCCUUGACCGUGACAUGCAGCGCCGCCUUGGCCGUGGUCUGGGCUUUGUCUGCCUUGAUUACCUUGGGUAUCUGGAAGCGCCCUCGCCGGGCAUGUCCAAGAAUGACGAGGUCGCGGCGAACUCCAAGGCGCUGAAGAUGACGGCGCGAGAGCUGAAGCUGCCGAUGUUGGUCUUGUGCCAGCUUAAUCGGGGUGUCGAGCAGCGCACUGACAAGCACCCGAUGAUGAGCGAUCUGCGCGACUCUGGCGCUAUCGAGCAGGACGCAGACGCCAUCUUCGGCCUGUACCGGGACGCUUACUACGCCGAGCGCGAGGAGCCGGAUUGCCACCCGUCUGAGCCUGAGUACCUAGACUGGCAAAAGCGCGUCGUCAGCAAAACGCUUGAUGUGGACAUUUUGAAGAACCGCGACGGCGAGACCGCGCGCGUUGUCCUUUAUUGCGACCCGGCAACCGGCCAGAUCGAGAACUACGAGGAGAGCGCGGCAUGA